AGAAAAGGAGGAGGAGGAGGAAGGAGAGGGCUCGGCCGAAUGGCAGCUUUUACGCAGAGGCUGGUCUCACCUGCACGUGAACACAACACGAGCGCUCGCCCCGAUCCGGCCGGGCUUCGGCUCGCUUUUGUCGCACAUGGAUCCCCACCGGCAGCGGCAUCCCCACCCGCGGGCCCUCGCAGGCUCUCCGGGGGCCCGACGCGCGGAUUUGUGUCACUAAGUGAUUUGUCACACUCCUGCCGUGCGCGCGUAAAAUGGAAUACGCUCUGGACGCAAACGAUGGCACCAUUUGGGUCGUUUUACGCACCGGAUCUAUUAUUAUGACUAUUAUAAUGGAUGCUUGAAAGCAAACAGACUGAAUAUAGUGAGAGGACGGGGAAGAAGAAGAAAAAGAAAGAAAAAAACCCCCCCACUGUGGUACGCGUUAAUUGUAAUUCUAAGAACAAUAUGGAGCACACGGGCAUCGAGGAGGUGAGCCAAACUCACCAGCAGCAGCAGCAGCAGCAGCAGCAGCAGCAGCACGAGCCCAUCAGUUUCGGCAUCGACCAGAUCCUCAACAGCUCGGAGCAGUCCCAAGCCGGCUGCAUGCUGCCCAACCGGACCGGGGAGCCCGAGUACGCCGCGCUGGCCGCCGCCUCCAACGCCGUCUACGGCAACGGCUACGGCGGCGUGUACAACCCGGCCUGCUCGGUGGGCCUGCACGCCGGCUCCUACAACGUCAACAUGAACAUGAACGUCAGCAUGAACAUGAACGUCAACGUCAACUCGGCGGCGGCCGGAGCCGGCGGGGUCAUCCGAGUCCCCGCGCACAGGCCCGUGCCGCCGCCGCCGCCCCCGCCGCCCAACGCCGGCGCCGGCGGGGCCCAUCAGCAGCCGCCCGGCCUCGGCCCGGUGCCCGGCCUGGGGCCGAUGGGCAACGCCAACUUUACCUUCCCCUGGAUGGAGAGCAGCAGGAGGUUUGCCAAGGACAGACUAACAGGGGAGCAGGCAGAGGAGAGCCGAGCACGAGAGGCCGCGGGGGGGCCGGGGGCCGGGGCGGCGGCUGCCGGGCCCCUCUGCCCUCUUCCCAAGGGGGAUAUCGGCAGGGUCCCCGUCUGGAGCACGGUGGAGACCUUAGCUAAAUGCUAUUACCCCGAGCUCGCGCACCUGCGAGACGGCAAUGGCCUCCUCGCAGACUAUUCUUUCCCAAAGGGCGCUUGCUCAGCCGCCCUAUCGCCCUUCUCCGUGACCCGCCGCAUCGGUCACCCGUACCAGAACCGCACGCCGCCCAAGAGGAAAAAGCCCCGCACGUCCUUCAGCCGGGUGCAGAUCUGCGAGCUGGAGAAGCGCUUCCACCGGCAGAAGUACUUGGCGUCGGCCGAGCGUGCCACCCUGGCCAAGGCCCUCAAAAUGACCGACGCCCAAGUCAAGACGUGGUUUCAGAACAGGCGGACAAAAUGGCGGAGACAAACGGCGGAGGAGCGGGAGGCCGAGAGGCAGCAGGCCAACCGGCUCAUGCUUCAGCUCCAGCAGGAAGCCUUCCAGAAGACCCUGAGCCAGCCCCUGCAGCCCGACCCGCUCUGCCUGCACAACUCCUCCCUGUACGCCCUGCAGAACCUGCAGCCCUGGGCGGAUGACAAUAAGCUGACGGUCUAAAAAGGCAGAAGGGACCCCCCCCCUAACUAACGGACACCUCUGUACAUGCCUACCUAUCAAGACUGAUCCCCCUUCUAUCUUCCAUUUUUACUGCUGGAAACUUCAAGAGGAUGCAGAGACUUUUCUGCCCAUGUCUGCAAAAAAAAAAGCAAAACAUACACAUGGAUUAUUCCUUUGACUUUGUACAAUGUAGUAAUUAUAAAAAAAAAAAAAAAAAAAAAUGCAUGUUUAAAGUCCUUUUCUGUAUGCGCUGGCUGGGAUUUCUUCUGAUUGGCGGCGCUCCUCCUCGGUCCAUUUAAAAGGGUGUUUUAUAUUAAAUGAUUGUCACUUUUUG